AUGUAUAAACCUGUUAGUAAUUAUAACGGUAAUAAAACUUCAAUUUGUAGCCAAGUGGAAGCAGGAAAAAUUAUAGUUGACAAUUUAUAUUGUUGUGCUAAAGAUAAUAAGAAUUGUUCUCUUUCUUCAUCUGACUGCGUUGGCAACAAUUAUGAAGUAGCCCAAUGCCAUAAUCUCUAUAAUCUUGAUGCUUGUACACGAACUGAUUUGACUAUUACCGCUUUUUCAAAGCUGCUGAAUGGAUGCACACCUACCGGUACUGUUGCUGAUUUUGCUUGUGAGAAUUUAUUUCAAAGUGAACAUCGAUGCAAUUGGCAAAAUAUUACUAAUGGCCAAAUGCUCGCAAGCAUUCCCCGAAAUCCCGUAGUAGAAUUAUGCGGACCUGCAAUCAUCGGCUUAGCUAUUGGUAUGGGAGUUCUGGGAAUAAUAGCUAUUGUUUUAGCAUUCUUUAUUUACAAAUUGCGAAGGAGAGAUCCGGUUAUCAUUCCUGACAAUG